ACUGUUUUUUUGUCAUCCACACAACAUGGAAACACGUAAGAUGAAAGUAUAUUAUUGUGAUCACCAUUAAGAGUAUUGAGACCAAUCCCAAAUCUCAUUUUAGUCUUGGCAUGGCUUGCCAAAAGGCUCAUUUCGAGAUGCAAAUUCUCGACUUGUCUAACAAAAUCUCCAAUCUCAAGAGCCUUAAACCUUCCACUUAUAUCGACAAUUUGUUCCAACAGCUCAUGUCCACGUGCUUGCCUACGGACACAAAUAUCGAAGUUGAAAAGUUGUGCCCAAAAGUCCAAAACAUCAGAACCAAUCUCAUCAACCUACGUAGUGAAGAUAUAGGGUAUUCAGAGCAACACUACUCUACGGUCUUCGGAUCUCUCGAAGAAAACCCACUUCACCAUUUAGAUCUCUGCCCUUACUACACUAACUACCUCAAACUGAGCAAGGUCGAGUUUGAUCUCCUCAUGCUACACACGAGCCAUGUCCCAACCAAGAUCGUGUUUGUGGCCUCCGGUGUGUUGCCCUUCACAUCCAUCAUCUUAGAUAUGUCCCACCUCCCAAAUACGACGUUCGAGAACUUUGACAUCGACCCUCAAGCCAAUUCACUUGCCUCCCAACUUGUCUCACGCGAUACUAAUCUUUCUAGUUUUAACAUAUCUCGUCUGUUUUAUAAUUGAAGUAAAUAAGGAAAUAAAUUGUGAGAAGGUUUAUUUAAGCGACACGUAGCAAAUGUAGUGUGAAAGCAUUAAAUACAAUGCAUCUCUUUUAAUAUAUAAGGGAUUGCCCAAAAAUGAACAUAAAUAAAAUAAUAUUCCACCGUUCGUAUAAAAGGUAUACAAGGGUUGGUACAUUUAACAUGAUUAAUUAGCCGUCAAAUCGAAAAAGAGGAGAUUAUGGGAAUAAACGUGUCUCACACGUGGAGAAGCACGACUCUCCUCAAGUGUUAAUUAAAGUCCAUGGUUCUAAAAAAAACUUUAUGGUUUAAACAUAUGCAUUGUUUUUUCAUGUGCAAAGGUACUAUAUAUUGUAAAGAUUUUGUUCUGCAUGCAGAUUUAGUCGUCUUUUGUGUCGGCGACUACAUGCAGACCAUAUUUUUUUCCGGACAUAGGAAAGAAGA